AUGACCCACACCUGUCAGCCAUGCUGCUGCAAGACCACCUGCUGCAAGACCAGCAGCAGCUCUGAAUCCAGCUCUGAAUCCAGCUGCCCCGUGUUCAUCUGCUGCCAGCCUUGCUGUGCCCCAGGUUGCUGCAGCACACCCUGUUGCUGCAAGGCUAUCUGCUGCCACAGCACCAAGACUGUCAACAGCUCUUCUCAGCUGUGCUGUCCUCCAACCUGCUGUGACAGCAACUGUUGCAAACCAACCUGUGUGACCAUUUACUGUGUGCCCAGCUGCUGCCAGUCCAGCUGCUGCCAGCCUAGCCUCCUCCAGCUCUGCUGCCAACCAACUUGCUGUGAAACCAGCUGCUGCAAGACCACCUCUUUUAAACCCACCUGUGUGAUCAUUGGCUGCAGCACACCCUGCUGCCAGCCCUGCUGUGUGUGCCCACCUGCUGAUGAUGACCAGCCCCCAAAGAAUGCCUGCAAAGCCAUGCUCCAGUGA